GCACCGCCGCGUAAUGCUAUUAUAAGUUAAGCUUGUAGGCUCCAAUUUAUAGACGGGCUCUGCUGUAUGUUAUCGCUAGUGUGAAGAUGAGCUCAACUGUUAUGUUCGCUGUCGACGCCUAAUAAAUGUCAUUUAUUCAUCUGCUUUGUGGCUGUUGUUCGUGUUCAGACGCAGGAGAUCAAUAACUGAAGACAAUAUAUGUGUCACCUGGAGAAAGGAGAUCAUGGCCGAUGACAAGGAUAUCCUCCGAGAUGUUUGGUUUGGAAGGAUACCUGCCUGCUUCACAUUGUCUCCAGAGGAGAUCACGGAGAGAGAAGCAGAACCUUACUAUCUGCUCCUCCCACGGGUCAGCUACCUGAUGCUGGUCACUGAUAAAGUCAAGAAACAUUUUCUCAGAGUCAUGAAGGCAGAAGACGUGGAGGAGAUGUGGUUUGAAUAUGAAGGAACGCCUCUUAAAUGGCACUACCCUAUUGGCGUGUUGUUUGACCUCCAUGCUUCAAACUCAACUCUCCCCUGGAAUGUCACUGUGCACUUUAAGAACUUUCCAGAACAAGACUUACUUCACUGCCUGUCAAACUCUGUGAUAGAAGCACAUUUCAUGUCGUGCAUUAAAGAGGCAGAUGCCCUCAAACACAAAAGUCAGGUCAUCAACGACAUGCAGAAGAAAGACCAUAAGCAGCUGUGGAUGGGCCUGCAAAAUGAUAAGUUUGACCAGUUCUGGGCCAUGAACCGGAAACUCAUGGAGUAUCCCACAGAAGAGGAAGGUUUUCGAUAUAUUCCCUUUAGAAUAUAUCAGACAAUGAGUGACAGACCAUUCUUCCAGAAGCUCUUCCGCCCCCUUUCUCCUGAGGGCCACACGCUCACACUGGGAGACCUACUGAAGGAGCUGUUUCCUGCUGCCAUAUGCGUGGAGGACAAGCCAAAGAGAUACCAGGUCAUGAUUCACGGCAUUGAGCCCCUGCUCGAGACGCCCAUCCAGUGGUUGAGUGAACACUUGAGCCACCCAGACAAUUUCCUCCACAUCAGCAUCAUCCCAGCACCUAUUGACUGAUCCCAGACGUUCCUCUGGAACGGUGAUGGAGAAUUCUGAAUGAAAGAUCUGCUGAGAUGUUCUGAUAGCCCUUCUAUUCUUCCUGUUCUCUCGUUAUCAUGCUGCAGUGGCCUUAUCAAGCAGAGGUCAACUAACAACAUAAUCCUGUGCUCUUCACACGAAGAAGACACUCCCAAACCUACUUCGAGCACUCUUAUGGGCGUACUGAGUACUUGCAGCCUUGAAAUUCUCACAUACAUACAUUUCCACAAGCUUGAUAUGAUUGUACUCCCACAUUAACUCCUUCACACGCCCGUUCCCACCCUCUAAUUUGUGAGUAGCGUACGCUUAGACUCUCAGAUCUCAGUAGGAAUCUUGUUUGGCGUUUAAUGAGCACACUAAAUGGUUGUACGUACAAGUUGAUUGCCAGGGGGCUUGAUUUUCAACAUGGUUUAUGGAGGCACUCAUGGGCAGCUGAGGUCGCAAAUCAAGAACGAGGAGGACUUUUGGAUUUUAGGAAUAUAUAUCGGUGAUAUCAUAUAGACACACAUUGUGUUUGAUGUGUCAGAGUGUAUGGUUUUGUCUUGUAGGGGAUGCGACUAGCUGAUUACUCAUAGUCCCAUUCAAACAUGUUUGUCUGAAAUUGGUAGAUAGCACAAACGAAAGAGAUCGUUUCAAGGCGCCAUUGAGGGUAAAGGGUUUCACUCUUUCUAAUGUAUUUUUCCAUCUGCUUGGAGAAUCACAGUUUUCAUUCAUUUAGUGGCAAAAUUUGAUCUUUAAAAUGGACAUUUAUUGUAUAAAUAUUCAGUCCCAGGCCAUACAAACAUCUUCACAUUUCAAUUUUUUUUCCAUCAAAUGAACCUUACAGUAUUUUGUUUACUGUAUAAAUUUACGACCUGUAGCAGACGGUUUGUCUGUGUUUAGUGUGUUUGGGGGGAUGUGGGAGCUGAACAGCAGUGCUGUAGAUGAAACGCAGCUGAGAGUGAUUAUUCGUUUAGGGGAAUCAGUGAGUGUUUUGCCCCAGAAGUGAGACAGCGGGGGAAACCGCAGGGCUUACUCCACCACCAGGACACUUCUCGGCAGACUGUUCCUCAAACAAUGCUGUUUGUGUACUAACUCUCAGAUGUCUGUGUCGUUCGCUGCACGAAUCUGAACAACUUACAGAAAUAAAGAUGCUGCAGAAACUUCUAAUAACACGGUUAAGUGAAUAAUAACGUGGUUCAAAUGUGCAUUUUCUUGAUUUAUUUUCAUGCAGUGAUUGCUUUACUGUCUUUGCUAGAUUACCUUAUAAUGCAUUUAAAUAAAACUAUAUUUUA